CUGUCUGUGUGCAGGGCAUCUCUGUGCAAGCACACCACCGGAUUCACUGGAUCAGUCAACUGCGCAUUCAGCAUGUAUGGGGCACCCGUGCGACAAGGCUUGGGUCACACCCGGCAUGGACCUCUUCUUCCCUACAUGAAUGAGGAAGGGGCGGCCACCGCUGCGAGCCAAAACCCCGACACGGUGCUCCCCGGCACGCCCGAUGCUCGAGCCCAGGUUCCGCACAGCACCGAUAGCUCGAGCCGAUCGGAUGAAGUGCGCCGUCUGGCCCGUGCGCAACGAUUUGACGAACUCCUUUCCCGUGCUCGUUCUGCCGUGGAAAAGGCUCGCUCAGGGCAGCAGGAUGACUCAGCCGAGCCUUCACCCCGACACACCCGUACCACAAAGGCUUCAGACAACCUCGUCACGCCCUUCUCGCCCGCCGAGGUCGAGGAAGACGAUGACGCCGCCGCCCAAAUGGCAAACCGCCCUGCCCCACCCACCGAGCGCAAACCUCUCAUCACGGGCCAGGAUCGGUCCCGCCCUGCCCCACCCAUUGUGGCCUGGCACGGUGACACGGAAUAUCACGGCGAGCCCGGCGAUCGUACCUCCACCGGCACGACCAUCUCCGCCCUCGACAACCUCACACCCCGCAUCUCCCGUGUCGUCACCGUGGCCCCUUCCCCCGGCGCCGCCCAAGAGGGCAACCAUGGUGAAUAUGCCGACGUCAGCACCCCGGCACAUGCCUCGGGAGGACCAGACAUCUUGCCUGCCCCAACCCCCUUUCGUGGCCAUGACCAUGUCAACGUUGUUCGCGCCCUGGCCCGCGUUCUCGAAGAUGCACGAGACGAUCAUCAGCUUGACGACUCCGCGGCCCAAGAUACCCCGCUCGCUCGCCAGCAGGGCAGCGUCCUGAGCAAGCUUCACGUGGUCAAUCUCGACGAUGAAACACACGAGGAAAUCAUGCUGGGAAAUGAAGCAGAUCUCAACCAUGCUUCGGCCGAUCAGUUUAGUCCCGAGACGCUUGUCACAGAGGCUACGGCACCCUUGCUCGCAGCAGCCGCCCACGGCAACAUCGCCCUCAUCAAGCGUCUGGUGGACCAGGGUCACGAUAUCAACGGACCCGAUCCAAGUGGCCGAACACCGCUCAUGUAUGCCGUGCACUGCAACCAACUCUCGGUGGCUGAGCUCCUAGUGCAAAUGGGCGCUCUUCUCGACAUCAAAGCAAACGAUGGUUCAACGGCCCUGCAUCGGGCCGCCUUCAGCGGCACGACUGAGAUGGUUAAACUGCUCAUCGAAUCUGGCGCAGAUCAUCGCGUUGGUGAUGAUGAUGGCCGCAUCGCCUUGCACUGGGCCGCCCACAACCCUCGCCUUGGCUGCAUGGCCCAACUUUUGAAAAGAGUCCGGGGCGAUAACGCCAUCAACCAGCCCGACCACGCCGGCAUGACCGCCGCCAUCUGGGCCUGCUACUAUGAUCGGGUGCACCAUUUGGGCAAGCUCAAGCGAGCGGGCGCCGAUCUUGGGGCUGCCGACGUGGAUGGCAAAACCUGCAUGCAUUGGGCCGUGCAGCCAAAUGCCGUCCAGUGUCUCGCUGCUCUGGCGCAACAAAGCAGCCGUCUUCGCCUGCGUGACCGCAUUGGCCGGACAGCGUUGCACUAUGCGGCCGAACUUGAUGCCAAGGCCGCAGCCAAGCUGCUGCUUCGGCACGACCCGACUCUGGUGACCGAGGUCGACCACCGCUCCCGGACUGCCCUUCACUACGCUGCCGUGUGUGGUGGUUCUCGCGUUCUGCGGGUUCUGCUCAAGCACGGGGCCUCCGUCAAUGCCCUGGAUGAGGAUGGUCUGACCCCAAUUGAUUACGCGCGCCAGCGCCAACACGGCGCUUGCGUGGCUUUGCUGGCCAGCUAUGGGCCACACGGUCGCCUUUCCAUUUCUGAACAGCAAACCGGCGUUACCAAUGGCGUCUCGAGUGCCGACUGGCUCAACUCGCAAGGCGAUCAAGUGUCUGCCAUCAUGCAGCUCUUCCAUCUUCUCACUGUAGGGUCACACCUCGAAAAGUUUACAAACGACGGCAAGGGGGCAACGCACACCCGAUUCUUCUGGGUGGAUAUGUACACGGGCGAGAUUUGCUGGACCAAGUCUCCCAGUUCCUUUGUGCGCAACCCCGAUGCCACUUCGGCCGCCCAUGUAACAGCUGUAUACGAGGGGCCCAGCUCAAACGUGACCUCACGCCGCGAUUACGAGCCUCAGGGCAAGCACCGGUUCGGCUUUUCUGUGGCCACCACGGACCGCGUCCUGGACUUGAUCGCUCCCAAUGAGCAGCUUUAUCGUCUUUGGGUGGAGGGUCUGCAGUGCAUCUUGACGUAUGGGGCUUUGCAACUGGCGUCGGCUCAACAGGACGAUGCUUAGGCUGUGCGGCCUCGUUUGGAGUAAUGUGUCCGAGAGUGGAGUGUAGCCUCAGUGGUGCUGGGACUCGGUAUCUUUUCGUGACCUUGAGGCCCAUCACCCGACACGAUGGCGUUGUGAACAAGCAAGCACGUCUUUGCUGUUCAGUUGGACCGGUAGUAAUUAAUUCAUCAAGGAUUCGGGGUGGAGAUAGGCUUCUUACUGCUGGCCACCAGCCCCUCCUGUGUAAAAACCUGCACAAACAAACCAGAAAAAACUACCCCAGGAAGAACCCAAACUCUUUCAGGUUUCAGGUAUUGGCCUGGGCAAGCCCUUACUGGGAAGCGGGCGCGAGGCCCUUGGAGGGCAAGGGCAGAUUUUCAGCCUCAGCGCGCUUGUAUUGCUUGCGCAACCAUUUGCGAUAACCCGAGAGUGAUUUGAUCUCAUCACCAUAGUAGUCAUCUGCAAAGGCAUCACCACCUCGACGAUUGAGCAUGAUCCGCAGCCGGAAGUCAGUUUCACGCGCUUCAAUGGCGCGCGCCUGACUGGGAGCCAGGAGGCGCAAGGCCACGUGGUAAAACUGGCUAGCGAAAAUGGCACCCACAACGCCCGAGGCAAAGCUGCCGAGCAGGCCUAUCAUAAGGGGGUCGUAUCCCCUG